AUGAUCGCGGAGGAUUGGCAAAAACUGAAAAAUGCAUAUGAGCGAAGCAUGAUGAUCAAAAGAGCGCAAACCGCGCGUAUAAUUAUUAUGUGCGCAUAUAGUGCAAUGACAAUAGCAUUUACCUUUGUUGUCGUUUUGCCUAUUUGUGGAAUCUCAAUCAGAUAUUUGACGAAUGUCACUGAUCCAGGCAAACUGUUGCCAUUGCAAACGUAUUAUCCUUAUGACGUGUCAAAAAGACCGCAAUACGAAUUGACAUUCUUUAUUCAGAGUAUUGCUAUUUUCUUUGCUAUCUUAUCUUAUACUGGCAUUGAUAAUUUUCUCGGAUUAUUGGUGUUUCAUAUUUGCGGCCAAUUGGAAAUUCUUAGAUAUCGUAUCACUCAUUUGGAUAACUUUAUCAAUUUCCACGACAUUCUAAAAAAGAAUGUGAUAAAUCACAUUCGACUACUUAGAGCCAUCGCUGUUAUAGAUGAUACAUACAAUAUAAUUCUCUUAGUAUUAUUUUUAUACUUUGGUAUACUUUUUGCUUGUUAUGGUUUCCUGAUAAUAAACUUAAUAGAAAAGGGGAAUAAUAUAUCAAUUACUCACCUGACAUAUGAAGUAUGUAUUCUUGUCAACACAUUUGGCCAUAUGUGUGUCUAUUGUGCUGUAGGAGAAAUUCUAGUAGCACAAUGCAAUAAAAUAUAUUAUGCGACAUAUAGUAAUAAAUGGUACACUAUGGUUCCAAAAGAUACAGAAGAUAUAUUGUUCUUAAUGACAAGGGGUCCUAAACAAAUUUGUUUCACCGUUGGAAAAGUGUCUCCUGUUACAAUGGCCACAUUUUGCAGUGUAAGAUAUUUUAAUGUUUGA